AUGUGUGCCUUAAAAGUGGCAAAUCAGGACGAUAACGUUGGUAAAAAAAACGAGCCUACCACUCGUGAAGAUGAUGAUCACCGGACGUUAUCUGACAUCGAUCAAUGGCUUUAUUUAUUUGCGGCGGAAGACGAGCACCUUCACCGUGAUAACGCCCUCACGCCACCGUCCUCUUCUCUUAGUAUUAGCAGAGAGAAGGAGAUGUCUGCAAUAGUCUCUGCUUUGACACAUGUGGUGGCUGGAAAUGUUCCAACUCAUCAAUACGGUGGUGGUGGUGGUGGCGGGGGAGAAGGUACUUCGAAUUCCUCUUCUUCCUCCGGACAGAAAAGGAGGAGAGAGGAGGAGGAAAGCGGUGGCGGAAAAGCAGUCAAGGCAGCUAAUACUUUGACGGUUGAUCAAUAUUUCUCAGGUGGUAGUUCCAGAGUGGGAGAAGCUUCGAGCAACAUGUCUGGUUCAGUCCCAACAUAUGAAUACACAACUAAUGCUAAUACCGAAACGUCAUCGUUUAGUGGGGACCAACCUCGAAGAAGAUACAGAGGAGUGAGACAAAGACCGUGGGGAAAAUGGGCGGCUGAGAUUCGAGAUCCUUUCAAAGCGGCUAGAGUUUGGCUUGGUACGUUCGACAAUGCUGAAUCAGCUGCAAGAGCUUAUGACGAAGCUGCUCUUCGGUUUAGAGGCAACAAAGCCAAACUCAACUUCCCUGAAAACGUUAAACUCGUUAGACCCGCUUCAACCGCUACAACAACACCAUCUUUACCGCAAAUCGCUGUUCAGAGAGCAACACAGUUAAGGAACUCGGGCUCUACAAGUACCCUUCUGCCCAUAAGACCUGCUUCAGAUCAAAACGUUCAUUCUCAGCCGUUGAUGCAAUCUUACAACUUGAGUUACUCAGAGAUGGCUCGUCAACACCAUCAACAAUCUAUGAACUUAUAUGAUCCAAUGUUACGUUUUGGUCAGACCGGGGGCUUAACCAUGCAGUCCACGUCAACUUCUUCGUCUCAUUCUCGUCCCCUGUUUUCUCCAGCAUCGGUUCAACCAAAGCCGGAAUCAGCUAGCGAAACCGAUUAUCUCCCGGACCUACAAUGGUCAUCAGAGGCUGGUAAUAAUAGUAACAACUAUAAUAAUAGUCCAUCCUCCUCCUGA